AUGGCGCCCCGCGCCCUUUCCGGCCUCCUGGCCGUUUCCUCAGCCGCGCGCGGGCUGCGCAGCACUGGCCGCCUCCUGCUGCGCUGCGGCGGAGCUCGCGCCCUGAGCGCGCCCGCGCCCGCUGGGGCCGGUGGAGGCGCCCCCGGAGACCCCUCCUGGGGCUGGUAUGAGGCGCUGUCUUCGUCGGCGCCCGUCGCGUGGAUGGAGUCGGGCUUGGUGGCGAUGCAGGCCGCGUCGGGGCUGCCCUGGUGGGCCGCCGUGUUGGCCGCCAGCGCCGUCUUCCGCACCGGCCUCACCCUGCCUCUCGCCGCCCAGCAGAGCCGCGUCCUUGCCAAGUUGGAAAACCUGCAGCCUGAAAUUCAAAGCCUAGCCAAGCAUCUUCGCUAUGAAGUUUCUGUUUGUGCAAAACAACAGGGUUGGUCUGAAAAGUUAGCCAGUUUCUAUUUCAAGAAAAAUCUGAAAAGGAUUGUGUCAGAGCUCUACGUUCGAGACAAUUGCCACCCUUUCAAAGCCAGCCUGCUCAUAUGGAUACAGAUUCCAGUGUGGGUCUUUGUUUCUAUAGCUUUGCGUAACCUCAGUAUUGGUAGAGGAGCUUCUGAAGGGCUUUUCAUUCAGGAACAGCUUUCCACAGGAGGUAUACUCUGGUUUAAAGACCUCACUGUACCUGACUCAACUUGGAUUUUGCCGAUCGCUCUUGGAAUUCUUAAUCUUCUGAUAGUGGAGAUUUUUGCUUUGCGAAAAACCGAACUGUCUAAGUUUCAGAAGUAUGCCACUAACUUCUUCCGAGGAGUGUCUGUACUCAUGAUCCCAAUUGCUGCCACUGUACCUUCAUCUAUGGCUUUAUACUGGAUGUCUUCAAGCUUCAUGGGUCUUUCGCACAACCUUCUCCUACGCUCUCCUAGUUUCCGUAGACUCUGCCGCAUACCUCGGACCAAGUCUGAUUCAGACACUCCUUACAGAGACAUUGUUACUACAUUCUAUGCGAAAUAUUUCUUGAAGUGAAAUAUUUGUGCUUUGUGAAGUCCUACGCUAUAGCCUGAAGUGAUUGGAAUUGAAUAAUGCUCUGUUGAAAGAUCCAUAUUUAAUGUGGCACCUCCACUGAACCAAUGAUAAAUGGCAUAUUUAUUUUGAUAAUAAAGAAGUUCAUAUCACUAAGAUGUGUGAUAUGAGGCCUUGAGCUUGCGGAGUGGGGAAAUAUGCGCCCAGCCCCACCCCACCCCUGGGAAUUAUUUUGUCAGUGACUACUUCAGAACCCCCUGAAUUGUAUGCAGUUUCCCAAAUAUUUGUGUGGGUGUUUUCAGCUUGUCCUUUAAAAGAUAUUCUUGCCCAUAUGGGUGAAGUGAGUCUUGGAUGCAUAAAUGUUUCAUAUCCGAAAAUCCCAGACUGAAUAAAAAUAACUGUUUAAGAAAUCACAAAAA